ACGCAGACACCUUCCGAGCCUCAUCCUCCCCCCACUAUCCGCGAUGCUUUUCACCGCCAUUCUAGAGAUGCCUAGAAGCGCACAUUGUAGCUGCAGCGAACCUUGGAUACUCAGCUCUGGCUUUCUAUCAAAGAAUCUGGGAGAAAGUUUUCCACAAUGGCGCCAAUCUACCCACCAUUGCAAGUACGAGAGACUGGCUACCUACAAGUCUCCUCCGUGCACUCGAUUUACUACGAAGAUUCCGGUAUCGCAACCGGUGUUCCGAUCGUACACCUGCAUGGAGGUCCUGGAGAAGGAAUGGUGGAUUCCGAUAGACAAUACUUCGACCCAACCCACUACCGCAUCAUCCUCUUCGACCAGCGUGGCUGCGGCAAAUCCCUCCCUUCCGGAUGUCUCGAUGACAACACAACCUGGACACUCGUCGCCGACAUGGAGGCUCUCCGAGAACACCUCAAUAUCGAGAAGUGGAUAGUGAUGGGUGGCUCAUGGGGCUCGACUUUGUCCUUGGCAUAUUCGCAGAAGCAUACUGAGCGCUGCAUGGGUCUGAUCCUACGUGGGGUUUACACCCUUCGCCGCCGGGAGCUGGAGUGGUUCUACCAGCAGGGAGCGAACAUGCUAUUCCCCGAUUAUUUCGAGCAGUACCGAGCUUGUAUCCCAGAGGCAGAACGAGGUGAUAUGAUAGCAGCGUACUAUAAGAGACUUACAGGAGAUAACGAGGAAGAAAAGUUGAAAUGUGCCAGUGCUUGGGUGACCUGGGAGAGCGCAACAGUCGAGUUGAUUGUGAAUCAGGAAUAUAUCAAAAAGGCACAAGACUCAAAAUGGGCACUUCCAUUCGCUCGCAUUGAGAGCCACUUUUUUGUGAACGGUGGGUGGAUGCGUGAAGGGCAAUUGAUUGAAGACGCGUACAAGAUUAAACAUUUGCCGGUAUUUAUUGUACAGGGCAGGUAUGAUGUUGUUUGUCCGGCAAAGACGAGUUGGGAGCUAUAUCAAGCACUCGGAGGGAAGGAGAACUCGAAUGUGGAGUACUUGAUUAUACCGGGUUGUGGGCAUAGUUCACAUGAGAAAAGGAUCGAGGAGUCGUUGGUAAAUGCUACGGAGAAAUUCAAGAUUUUCAAGAAAUAA